AAACUUAAACAGUCUUUUAAAAACUACGAAAACCAAAAGUGUAUCACACUUAGACUGCCUGUUUCAAGCUAAACGUCACUACUGUAGCCUAUUCACUCAUUCCUCCUUUUGCGGUGCGCUCGUGCAGUAGCGGGCAUGACGUAAUCACUCCAUCUGCAUCUGCAAGGACGCGCACCCAAAAACGCGCAGUGAUGCACAUAUAGCGUUUUAUUCUCCUAUUACAGCAUGUCUUAAACAUCGGCAGCCGGUAUCCAAGCUCAUAAGAUACCUGACAAACAUGGAGAAAGGGAACCAAGGUAAUUCUCAUUUUGAUCAGUUUCUCCAAAGUCAAGAAUCAUCCGUGGUCAACAAGUUCCAGCAGAAAUACUGGAAAACCAAGCAAACACUGAUUAAAGUCACAGGAAAGAAGGAAGAUGAGCAUGUUGUUGCUUCCGAUGCUGAUCUGGACGCUAAACUGGAGGUGUUUCAUUCAGUACAGAGAACGUGCAUGGAGCUCCUUAAGGUGAUUGAACAAUAUCAAAGGAGAAUCAGCCUUUUGUCCCAGGAGGAGAAUGAACUGGGUCGGUUCCUGCGUUCACAGGGCUCUCAGGACAAAAGUCGUGCUGGAAAGAUCAUGCAAGCUACUGGGAAAGCUCUCUGCUUCUCUUCACAACAGAGGCUGGCGCUGCGAGCUCCGCUGGGCCGUCUGUACCAGGAGGUGGAGACGUUUCGUUACCGAGCCAUUUCUGACACCUGGCUGACAGUGAACAGGAUGGAGCAGUCACGGACCGAGUACAGAGGAGCUCUGCUCUGGAUGAAGGACGUUUCUCAGGAGCUGGACCCGGACACACACAAGCAGAUGGAGAAGUUCCGUAAGGUUCAAACUCAGGUGCGUCAUACCAAGACAGGUUUUGAUAAACUGAAGAAUGAUGUGUGUCAGAAGGUUGAUCUGCUCGGAGCCAGUCGCUGUAAUCUGCUCUCACACGUUCUGACAACCUAUCAGACCACAUUGCUACAUUUCUGGGAGAAAACCUCUCACACUAUGGCUGCUAUUCAUGAGAGCUUCAAAGGCUGCCAGACUCAUGAGGCUUCAGCGCCGGGGGGUUCAGAUCAAGCUGCAAAGAAAAAAGUCAAGAGGAAAAUGAAGGCAAAAGCAGAAGACGAGGAGAUGAGUCAGAAUACAGAUGAAACCCUUAUUUCAGUUGAAGAAGAAACUCUGAGCAGUAACCUCAUGCAAACAGGAAAUGAUGACGCUUUCUCUGGCGGUCAGGAGAAGGAUGGCUUGAGUUUGUUGAAUGAGAUUCUGGGCAGCAGUUCUCUGGAGGACGGGGGUUUCUCACAGGAAUGGCGCGAGGUGUUUGGGGAAGAAGAUGCGGCCGGCGGUAGCAGAGCAGACACACAGCUGUCCGAGGAGGAGUCCGCUUUCUUUCUGCCUUCAAAACUAUUCGACCAGAACAUGAACGGCCUGCAGUCCACAGUCUCAGGCUGGACAACAGCCAUUCCACAGAAUAUUCCUGAAAACUCAUCUGUAGCGAGUCAAAUCUCUUCCAAACCUGCAGUGAAAGAAACCUCAAAAGAUCUCUCUGCUUGGUUCAAUCUGUUUGCCGACCUGGAUCCGCUGUCAAACCCGGAUUUGAUCGGCCGAACUGAUGAAGAACAGGAGCUCCUGAACGCUUAAUCUGUCCUGUUACAGAUGCACUUUACGCUCUUGUCGCACAAUCCACAGUUCAUGUGAGAGGCCUACAGACGCCUGUACUGGACAGAUUUCAGCACUGAUUUCUUUAUGCCAUAGCAGUUAACCUUCAUUAUUUCACAAAGAAAUAUUUGCAUAAAAAUGAAAAUAAUAAUAAUCACUC